AGUGGCGACUCGGACAGUAAGUGAGUGAGGGGACCGAGUCACAGAAGGAAAAUCGGCCUAAAACGGGCGGCUUGGAGCGGGUCAGGUGUCGGUGAAGAUUGAGUUCAGUCAGUUUUUGAAGCUGGCUCGCUGGUUGGCUGCAGCAAUCAAGAAGCAAGAAUCAAUCAGGAAGUGAGAUCGACUGCAAGCGGGAGGUUGACCUAAGUGAAAUACCAAGAUGUUGGCUUCAGACAAAGGGGUGGUGGAGUGGCUGUCAGAAUUUAAGACACUGCCUGAGACUUCUAUAUCCAGUUAUGCUUCAAGUUUAAAAGGCAAGAGCACUCUGGUUUCAGAAUUAUACACAGUCAUCUGUGAGCCGCAUAGUGAGUUGCUGGAGCCAGUUUGCCACCAGUUGUUUGAAUUUUAUCGCAGUGGUGAGGUUGAGCUGAAGAGAUUCACAUUACAGUAUCUUCCUGAGCUUGUAUGGAGCUACCUUUCAGUCAUAGCAACAAGAGAUAUGCACAGUAGUGGCUGCAUUGAAGCACUCCUCUUGGGCAUCUACAAUUUGGAAAUUGUCGAUAAAGAUGGAUGUAGUAAAGUGCAGUCUUUUACAAUCCCAUCUCUUUCAAAACCUUCUGUGUAUCAUGAGCCUUCUAGUUUUGGUUCUAUGGCACUUACAGAAGGCGCUUUAUCGCGACAUGGCUUGACUAGAGUUGUACACUCUGGACCUUACUGUCAAAGGGAAACAUUUACAGCACAAAACAGGUUUGAAGUGCUGACAUUUCUAUUUCUCUGUUACAAUGCGUCCAUAAUCUACAUGCCUUCCCCUUCUCUACGAUCUCUGUGCCACACAUGCUCCAGAAUAUGUAUUAGUGGGUAUCCAAGAAAGUUGCAGAAGGAAUACAAAGAUGUUGAAAGUAGAAUACCUGUCUCAUCUGAGUUUAUGGUACACAUGUUAACAGCUAUUUAUUAUGCUAUGUAUAAUGGAGAAUGGGACUUGGCUUGCAAAGCGUUGGAUGAUGUAUUAUAUAGAGCACAGUUGGAGAUGUUUCCAGAACCUUUACUGGUUGGCAAUGCAAUCAAAAAUAUGUUACCAUUUGGUGCCCUAAAGUCAUCUAAAGAUGCUCCACGAUCUAUUCAGGUGGAGAUAACGCCAACAUCGUCCAGAAUAUCAAGGAAUGCAGUCACCAGUUUAUCAAUUAGAGGGCAUCGAUGGAAGAGGAAUGAAGCAAUAGACUUAAAAGCCCAGGAGGAUCUUAUGGACAUCUCUGAAAUGGAUGAAGGAUUUUGUUCUAAGGUGACAAACACAAAUAUUAUAAUUGGAAAUACAAGCAACAAGGCAUCUGCUGGGAAAAGUCAAUGGAAACCAUUAGGCCACAAACCUUGCAGAGAUAAAGAAAUAGCAGAUGAGACCUGCCGUGAACACUUUUCUCGUAAGCACUCUCGAAGAGCAGUGAGUGAGAAUCUAGAGCUUGUGGCCAUGAAAAGACUGACUCUAACGAGUAGUCAGUCCCUGCCUAAACCAGGAAGCCACAAUCUGGCUAGCACAGCUACAACCCUCUUCAGUAAAUCCUUUGAACAGGUUAGUGGUGUUUUUAUUGGAAGCAGUCCAGCCAGUGCCGCAAAUAGGAAUAUAGCAGAAUCCAACCGAUUCUCCGCUUGCAGCCUUCAGGAUGACAGACUUGCACUUGUGUCUGAUCAAGACCUUCAAGCUUCCAUCCCACAACAGCAGAAACAACACUGCUCACCUGGUUUUAAUGUUCAUCUGUCACCAGAUAUGUAACUUUGCAACAUGGGCAUUAAAGAAAAGAUUCUAUUUUUUGUAAUCAGUAUAAAUUGAUUUUUGUCAAUGCAAAACUGUAUUUUUUACAGAGUAUAAGUACUGUAUGAGGUUUCAUUUUUUUUAUCAUUAAUGUACCUGUAAAAACUAAAGUAUUAAUUGAACAUCAAUGAAAAGGGAUGGUGCAUAACUCUUCAGAACCCUUUAUUAAUGUGCAUUUGUGUUCUGUAUUUUUAUCCAAACACUAUCUUUUGAGCAAUUAACUUUAAUAAUAAUGGAAAACCUAGAACUUUCUCAUUUGAAGAAACACCUGUAAUAAUUUGUUUCUGAUUUGACCUGUCUAGCUUUUUAUAUCAUUGAGAACUUGUUAUUUUGUUAGCUAUUUCUACCACAUUUAAUGGAAUUGUAUUUUGAGGAGAAAUUUGCUAGUGUAAAAAAAAACUGAGUUCAAGGUAGUAAUGUAAAUGUAGAAUUUUUAUAUGAACUUAAUUGAACUGAAUUAUGUAGCUAUCUUGUAUAUUUAAAUUAUGUGCAUGUAUGUAUGUGUAUAUCAUUCAUAUACACGCAUAUACAUUUAAAUCUUUCAUCCCUUUUCAAAGGCAUUUUUAUAAACAAAAGCUACUUACAAUAGUAUAUAUUUACAAUAGUGUAUAGUGUUUCAACUCCUAGGAUCUCCUCUCAUCAGUAACUUCUAUUAUGUUUGGUCAACCACGAUUUCCAGAAAUGGAAGACGCUGACUUGUGGAACCAACACCAUCCUUGGUAGUUUUUGCAAAAGUCAGUCCUAUUAGACCAUAAGACAUAGGAGCAGAAAUUAGGCCAUUCGGCCCAUCGAGUCUGUUCUGUCAUUCAAUCAUGGCUGAUAAGUUUUUCAACCCCAUUCUCCCGCCUUCUCCCUGUAACCUUUGAUCCCCUUACCAAUCAAGAACCUAUCUAUCUCGGUAUUAUUGAGGUUCAUGCUACCACUGUAGCACUUUGAGCAGAAAUGCUCAUUUUAAUGUAACCGUUUAUUGACUAUUACUGCCUAGCUAAAAUACACAUUGAAAAAUAAAAUUACGAGCAAAAUUACUUAAUAGAAAAUAACUGAUCAUUUUUCUACAAAUUGCUAUUAUUUUCCUUGAAGAUUUUUAUAUUUCUCCAUGUUUUUAAAUUUUUGUUAGGCAACAACAUAUUGCAGUUACUGAAAGAAUAAAGCCAUUAUUCAAGUGGAUUUUUAAAGUUUAUAUUUCACUGAAGCAUUAAGUCUUGCUCACGUGUAUUGUUUUAGGUAGCUAAAUUUGUGCAUUUAUUUUUGUACAGAAGUGAAAUAUGGCCUUUUUGUAACAUAACUCAAUUUUAUUUCAACUUCUACGCAUGAGUUUUUUUCAGUUGGAUCAAUGGGAGUCAAGUAAGAGCAGGAAAUCAGCUAUUUACUUUACCUUGUCUAGUACAAGGCAUAUUUUAGUGCCCAGAUUAAGACUGAGACAAUUUUAUGCAGACCAGGGUCAAACCUGAAACUUUCCUGGUCAGUGUGACUUGGUUCCAAGAGUACCUUUAUAAACUGAGUCUUGUAGAUGCCUAUAUGAUGCCUUAAGUGUGGAAUGGCAUAAGGACUUAAAUGAUAUAAUAAAUCUUUUUAGUUUGGAGAGUGAACAGAUUUGAGAAAUGUAAUAGUUGGCCUCAAUAGUAUUAUACUUAGGAUAUCCACUAAUCCAUGUAUUUUAUAUAUUAGUGUAAAAAUAAUUUGACUGUUGCUGCAGUAUUGUUUAUCUGUGUUCCACACUUCUGUUGUCAUAUUCCCAGAAUACCUAACAUAGCACUUUAUUAUUCAGAGUUAUUCCUUGGAGUUUGCAAUAGUGGGAGAGUCUAAUUGAAAAGACCAUAUGCAUUCUAUCAAAAUGAAUUCUGGAUUAAAAGGUGAAAUGAUCCAAGUUAAAUAAUGCUGUUAAAUGUCACCUUGUAACAUGUGAUACCAUCUAGAAUAUUUUCAGACAUGCACUGUAAAACAUAAUACACAUUAAAAUAACUGGUUAGGUGUUUCUCAAAGGGAUAGAUAAUAGGUAUAGCUGCUUUUGAUGUCUUGCUAGAUUUUGUAUAUUUGCAAUGACUAGAAAUGUUUACUUUUGUAAUAAUGCUGGCUUUAAGAAUUCAGAUAUGUAUUUGUAACUAUUUUAAUUGUACUGUCUACAAUUAUUCAGAAACUAGUAUUGUACAUUUAAGAUGACUUAGGGAUGUAAGGAUGCCUUGGAGUAACUGUUUCUCGCAGAAAAUUAAAACAUUAAAAAUA